CUCUCUUUCUCAUAAAACCCCAAACAGGUCUUUUUCCCAAGUCCUUCCAGCCUUGGCCUCACCACCGAGGCUCUGUGGUUCACCCUCACCCCCUCCCUGAGGGAAAAAGCCGGGCUUGAACCCUGUUGCCCAGCAACCUUGCCUAAGCAAUACAAGUGUCUACCAGGCAAGCCCUGGUGGACUGAGAGGAUGGGUUGGGGGUCCUGAGUGAUAAGAGACCCUAGGAGGUACACUCCCCACCCCCAUGGAUGUGGCCGGGCCCAGAGACUAGCAGUGCCUAAAGGGUGGGGUGAUAACCUUCUCCUAGCAUCUGAAGGACUCUUGUCCAAGAAGCAUGAAUUCCUAGCAUUCCCUGUGACGGGACAGGACGGGAAGAUGGGGGUAGGGGAGAGGGUGCAAGCCCCACCUAGGGCGGUGGCCACAGUAGUGAGGGGCAGACAGAACAAGGAGCCUGGGAAGGAAGCAGGAUGGCAGCAGGGGCAGCGGCUGGAGCCUGGGUGCUGGUCUUCAGUCUGUGGGGUGAGCUACUCCCCUCACACCAAUCCUCCCUGCAGAAAGCACUCCAUCCUCCCCACAUCUGCCCAGGACUUUCCUAGAACCUGGGCACUGCUUUUCAAGCUUCCUCACCCACCUUGUCCCAGUUUUAUUAGCCCCCAUUUUCCUCCUACCCUUCCACCAUCAUACUGUCUCCCAGGGGCAGUAGUGGGAGACCAAAACAUCACAGCCCGGAUUGGGAAGCCACUGGUGCUGAACUGUAGGGGUGCCCCCAAGAAACCACCCCAGCAGCUGGAAUGGAAACUGAACACAGGCCGAACAGAAGCUUGGAAGGUCCUAUCUCCCCAAGGAGGCCCCUGGGAUAGCGUAGCUCGAGUGCUCCCCAAUGGCUCCCUCCUCCUGCCGGCAAUAGGGAUCCAGGAUGAGGGGACUUUCCGGUGCCGGGCAACAAGCAGGAAUGGAAAGGAGACGAAGUCAACCUACCAAGUCCGAGUCUACCAGAUUCCUGGGAAGCCAGAAAUUGUCGAUCCUGCCUCUGAACUCAUGGCUGGUGUCCCCAAUAAGGUGGGGACAUGUUUGUCUGAGGGGGGCUACCCUGAAGGGACUCUUAACUGGCACUUGGAUGGGAAACCCCUCAUACCUGAUGGCAAAGGAGUGUCUGUGCAGGAAGAGACCAGGAGACAGCCUGAGACAGGGCUUUUCACACUCCAGUCAGAACUGACUGUGACCCCAGCCCUGGGAGGAGCUCCCCAUCCCACUUUCUCCUGUAGCUUCAGCCCUGGCCUUCCCCGGCGCCGAGCCCUAUACACGGCCCCCAUCCAACUCACUGUCUGGGAGCCUGUGCCUCUGGAGGUCCAAUUGGUGGUAGAGCCAGAAGGUGGAACAGUAGCUCCUGGUGGUACCGUGACCAUGACCUGUGAAACCCCUGCCCAGUCCUCCCUUCAAAUCCACUGGAUCAAGGACGGCAUGCCCUUACCCCUUCCCCCCAACCCCGUGCUGCUCCUCUCUGAGGUAAGGCCUCAGGACCAGGGAACUUACAGCUGUGUGGCCACCCAUCCUAGCCAUGGGACCCAGGAAAGCCGUGCUGUCAGUGUCCACAUCAUCGAAACAGAAGAGGGGCCAACUGCAGGUUCUGUGGAAGGGCAGGGGCUGGGAACUGUAGCCCUAGGCCUGGGGGUCCUGGGAGGCCUGGGGAUAGCUGCCCUGCUCAUUGGGGCCAUCAUAUGGCAAAGACAGCGACGCCGAGGAGAGGAGAGGAAGGCCCCAGAAAACCAGGAGGAGGAGGAGGAGGAGCACGAAGAGCUGAAUCAGUCAGAGGAGCCUGAGGCAGCUGAGGGCAGUGCAGCAGGACCUUGAGGGAUGCACAGCCAGACUCCAUCCAUCAGCUCUGUUUUCUUCCCCCGCCCCUGCCCGCUUUGUUCUGGCCCCACACUAGUUCCGUCCUGUGUAACUGUACCCCAACUCACCAAAUCUGCUUCCAUAACCAGAGCCUCCCACAGUAAGAAGUAAAUACCUUGCCCCAUUU